UGGUGGGUUUGAGUGAGUGGGGACAGGAAGUGACUCACUCCUCCGAGGGCUUGUGGGAGACUCAGCUCAGGGGCAGGCAGGGGGCGUGGGGAAGGCUGCUGCUCAGAGUCCAGAGAGGAGGAAGCUCCUGCCAGCUGAGCGGGCCCUGGAGGAAGUGAGCAGCGGGGCUCCUGUCUCCUGGCCUGGUCCCCAAAGCCCCCAGAAGAACCCGGAACCUGCUUUCUUUCGGAACCCAGGGACCACACUUUGCACCCAGUAGGCCUUCGCUUUCCUGCGUGGAGAAAGCGGUUGGGAUUGGGAGGUGAUGGAGCUGGAGUCCUUGUACGACCUGCUGCAGCUCCCCAAGGGGGUGGAGCCCCCAGCGGAGGAGAUGCUCUCACAAGGAGGAAAGAAGAGAUACCUGCCACCCACUUCCCGGAAGGACCCCAAAUUUGAAGAACUGCAGAAGGUGCUGAUGGGGUGGAUCAACACCACCCUCCUCCCCGAGCACAUUGUGGUCCGCAGCCUGGAGGAGGACAUGUUCGACGGGCUCAUCCUGCACCACCUAUUCCAGAGGCUGGCGGCACUCAAGCUGGAAGCAGAGGACAUCGCCCUGACAGCCGCAAGCCAGAAGCACAAGCUUGCGGUGGUGCUGGAGGCCGUGAACCGGAGUCUGCAGCUGGAGGAGCGGCAAGCCAAGUGGAGCGUGGAGACCAUCUUCAACAAGGACCUGCUGUCCACCCUGCACCUUCUUGUGGCCCUGGCCAAGCGCUUCCAGCCCAACCUGUCCCUCCCAACCAACGUCCAGGUGGAAGUCAUCACCAUUGAGAGCACCAAGAGUGGUCUGAAGUCAGAGAAGUCGGUGGAACAGCUCACUGAAUACAGCACAGACAAGGACCAGCCUCCGAAGGACGUCUUUGAUGAAUUAUUUAAGCUGGCUCCAGAGAAAGUGAACGCAGUGAAAGAGGCCAUCGUGAACUUUGUCAACCAGAAGCUGGACCGCCUGGGCCUAUCUGUGCAGAAUCUGGACACCCAGUUUGCAGACGGGGUCAUCUUACUCUUGCUGAUUGGACAACUUGAAGGCUUCUUCCUGCACUUAAAGGAAUUCUACCUCACUCCCAACUCUCCUGCAGAAAUGAGGCUGGUGGACUGACUGAGAGCUGGCUGCCUGCAUCCAGGCACGAGGGCUGCGGCUUGACCUGAGGAAGAGGGAUGGAGAGAGUGAUGGAGGUGAGGUGGGAGGGCAGGUGAGCCUGAGAAGAUGCAGCUCCCACCGCCUCUUCCCCAGGUACAGCCUUCAGUGCCCGCUGGCUAGUCCUGCCUCUGCCCCCACCAGGCCCCUGUUGUGUGUGCUGCCACUUCCUCGAGCUCCCUGGGCUCUCCCACCUCUGGGCUUUGGCACAGGCUGCUCCCCUGUCAGGGGCGCCCUUCCUACCCGGUAGGCCUGGCCCAUGAGAAGGGAUUUUACUACUUUCCAAAUAAGGAAACAGAGGUCCACGGGGGGCCAAGGCUUACCCCGGGUCAGUGCCAGGCAAGAGGCCUGGGUCUUGUGCUUUUCACCACCAGCUCCCUGCCUGCCUGGACCUCAGGUUUUCUGUCUCUGAAAAUGGGCUGACAAUGCCUGCCCCCCACUCAGGCCACACAGGUAGCAAGAAAGAGUUUGGAGAACCAUCGAGGAGUAAGCAUUGAGGGACAUGUGGUCCCUAGUGUCCCCAGCCUUGCCUCUCACAGGAGGUGACAUUGGAGGCGUGCAUCCCCGUGGACAGGCUGGAGGGUUGGUGGCUGGUGGCAUGCCCAGGAUCCUGGGCAGCCAGCUUAUCUCCAUCCAUGGCAGGGUUCCUGUGGCCCAGGGCAGGAGGACCUCUUUAUCUCUCUGCAGCGGUAGCUUUUUCUGAAGAGAUGAAGCAGGAGGCAGGCCCGCAUGCCCAGUCCCGGGGCCAGCCUUUGGGGCUGUUUCUGGGAGAGACAAAGGCAUCCCUUUCACAUGCCCAGGGCGUCCCUGUGCACUGGAUCAGGCCUCUUGGCCUAUCUGGAGCCCAGUAGCAGGUGAGGUCCCCCCUGGGCCCCUACCAGACUGCCCCUCCACCUGGACCCUUCUUCUGGGCCCCUCCCCUCAACCCUUCUGGACACCCACCCCAUGCCUCUCCCCUGCUUUAAGUGGACCACCCAACUGCCAAGCCCCAUCUGCCUCCCCAGCCACGUUCCCUCCUCCCUUCCUGCCGACUCCCAGCUACAGCCACAUGACCUCUGGCCCGCUUCCAGCUCUCCAGGGCCUGGUCCUCCCCCAUUCCCUCGCAUCCACACAGGCUGUGCUCUCAGCCCAGCCUACCCCGGCUUUGCUUCCCACCUGCUUCCCUGGGCGGGCGGCCAGCUCUGCCCACCUUCUCAGCUCCUCUGCAGUCCCUCAGUGCUCUGUGGGGCCCUGAACCACAGUCCACAUUCCCUUGGGGUUAGCCCCCUGCACUUUGCCUCUCCUGGCCCUCUUCCCCGUCCUACCUCCAUGCCCCUGUGAGGGCGGGGCAGGGUUGCAUCUCCAUUUUACAGAGAGGAGCCCGGAGCCCGAGAGGCUUACCCAGGACCACCCAGCUGCUCAGUGGCAGCCUCAUGCCAGGACAGCCUACCGCCCGCAGCCUGCCGUGUCCCUCGCCCCCAUGGGGAUGCAUCUUGAGUGGGUGUGGUCUCCAUCUUCCCUGGAGGCCAGGUGCUCUUGCCUUGGUUCCCAAGAGCUAGAUGCUGGGUCAGAGCAGCGAGGCCAGGACAGCCAGUGUCUAUGGUCCUGGUGGUCGUGGCAGGCAGAGUGGCCGCUGCCUCCUAGGUUCUUCCAUUUGGAGGAGCCACACCGGCCAGCCGUUGCCACAGACGUGCUGCUUAACAAACCACCCGAAAACCUAGGGGCUGAAAACCACACUCAUUUCUUCCCACGGACCGGCAGGUUGACUGAGUUUAGCUGCUGGAGGCUCAGUUAGACUUUGCCACUCCUCCGAGGACUGGAUGGGGAUCAGGCUGCCGUGGCUGGGUGGCUCGGCUCUGUGGCACAGCCUGCCAUGUUCCUCCUGGGACCAGCAGCUGGCCCGGGCACGCUUUCCUCCUGGCAAUGGCAGACACACGAGAGACCAGACAGAAGGCAUGAGGCCCUGGCUUGGAAUGGGCAGGCUGCCACUUCCAUUGGAGCAGGCCCUGUGGCCUUGGCAGUGACGUGGGACAGCCCUGCUAAAGUGUGUGGGCGCAGAAUUGGGCCGGUGGUGGGAUCUCCCGCAGGCGGUGUGGACAAAUGUACAAGCAAGUCCUCAUAUUGGGUCUUGGAGUUAGGAACUCUUCCCAUCCCCAUUUCCACAGAGGAAACAGUUCAGAAAGGCACAGAAGCCUGGCCCAGGGCACACAGUGAGUUAGGGACCUCCCUGUUUCCCUCCUGUGGAGCCAGUGUGAGCCCCUGGGAGCUGGAGGGUGCCAGGGCUCAGUGGGGUUGAAGCCAAGGCUGAGACUGGGUUCUGAGCUUGCCUCGGGAAGGCAAGGCACUGAAAUGUGAGCGGUGAGAAUGUGGAGGAAGGGGGCAGGGGGGACCACCUGUGGGCUGAGGGCCUGGGGCUCAGAACCCAGCUCAGAACCGCUCUGGGGCACCCCUGGGCUGCAGGGCCUCUGCUCAGUCUGUUGCACCAUCCAAGCCCCAGUUACAAGACGGGAACAAACGUGCAGACUUCCAUGUUGCUGUGUGCAACCGCUUUGCUGAAUCCACUGAUUUUAGAACCUACUUCUGAAUAUGAGUCAGAUUAGAUGUGGGGGAAGAGCAGCAGCCUCUUAGCUCAGACCCCAAGAAUGAAUUUUUACAGCAUAUUGUGGGCAAUCUCU